AACACAAAUAUUGAUAUUAUUUUAAUUACGUUCCAUGCGAUAAAGCAGAAAAAUUUAUGGUUCAAAAUGUCAGCAGCAUUUAAAAAUGCAAAAAAGAAACUAUCACAACAUGAUUUACGUAAAUUAAUGAAUGAACAGAAGGGUCGUAUGAAAAAAGAAGUUCAGAGAAUUUCUUCACCUUUAGCAAAGUAUACAGAAAGUGGACAACUUAUGUGUAUUUUGUGCAAAUCAAUUGUUAGAAGCGAAUCUGUAUGGCCUAUACAUAUAAAUGCAAAGCAACAUAAAGAAAAUGUUGCGGAAGCAAAACGAUUAAAAGAUCUAGUCGCGAGUGGGGCAUCUAAAAGACCUUUAUCACCAGAACCAACACAAUCAACCAAGAAAAUUAAAGGAAUAUUGAAAAACAGUAGCCAAUCUAACGAAACUAAUACAUCCUCAAUACCAGAUGAUUUUUUUGAUUCGAAAAAACCUACUAACACUGUUAUUCAACCAGUGAAUUUUAAACUUCCAAACGAAAAAACACAAAAUGAACCCAUGGAAGUUGAUACAUCCAAUAAUCCGAAUAAUGAAGUACUUCCAGAAGGAUUUUUUGACGAUCCAAAACAAGAUGCCAAGGCAAGAAAUUUAGAAUAUAAAGAUCCAAUUGAAGAAGAAUGGGAACGAUUUCAACGAGAAAUGAAAGAUGUAAAUUCAGUAUCGGAUACAAUUAUAGCUGAGGAUCAAGAAGAAGCUACUACUGAACGACAAAUUGAUGAAAUAGACGAACAAAUUCGAAAUUGGGCUAGAGUAUUAGAUUUAGAAAGGAAGAAAGAAAAUUUAAAGAAAUUAGCACAAGAAGAAGCGAUUCGAAGACAAGCUGAAGAAUCAGAUGAUGAUGACGCUGACUUUGAUGAAUAUUUAGAUUGGCGAUCGAAAAAUUCUUUUAAAUGAUAAUUUAAAAAUUUAGUUUUUAUCAAAUAUAUUUAAAAAACAUUUUCCUGUACAUAUUUUCAUUUCAUAUGUUUGGCGUUAUGAAUUGUUAUGCUUUCAUAAAGUAUUUUCAUAAAAUUUUCCUAUUUUUAAGUAAAACGAUAACUUAGAUUCGUAUAAGGAAAAACAUGUACCUACAUUCUGUUUUGUAAUAAAAUUUUCAUUUUAGAA